AUCAGUAUUCACAUUGAACUUUCUGUAUAGACACCAAACAAGUUUAUCAGGAGCAAAUAUCGCUUGUUGUAAAUCGGGGAGAGCAAAUUGCUUGUCUGAAUUACAAAGCAAUAUAUAAUAAGUCAUUGAAUAGAAAAAACAGAUCUCGAAACCGUCUCUCUGAUUUAUUCAUCAAUCCAAAAGUUAUAUCUGUCAUCGUUUCUACGUUUGAAUUCAGUUAGUUUGUUCGAAAUUUUAGAGAAUGAGUGCAGCUGUUCAUCAAGUUCAAAAGGGCCUUGAACAGGUCUCUUUGGAAAUCCCUUACAUUCAGCACCGUAUCAAUCUUUUUGAAAAGUACAAAAAAGAAAUUGAAGAGGAGAUUGCCCAAAAGCCCAGAGAAGAGAUUGAUGUUACCCUUCCUGAUGGAAAGGUUAUAAAAGCCACCAGCUGGGAAACUACUCCUCUUGAAGUCGCUACUUCGAUUUCCAAGGGUCUUGCCGAGCGUACCGUCAUUGCUAAGGUUGACGAUAAGUUAUGGGAUAUGACUCGUCCUUUUGAAUUUUCCUGCUCCUUAAAACUUUUAGAUUUUGAAGAUCCUGAAGGAAAGCGAGUAUUUUGGCAUUCUAGUGCUCACGUCCUCGGUGAAGCUUCUGAGCUUUUCUACGGCUGCCACUUGUGCGUUGGUCCUCCUACCGACGAUGGUUUCUUCUAUGAAAUGGCUAUCGAAAAUGAACGCGUCGUCACUUCCGAAGAUUACAAAGGUUUAGAAACCUUGGCUAAACAAGCUAUCAAGCAAAAGCAGCCCUUCGAACGUUUGGUCCUUUCUAAGGAACGCCUUCUUGAAAUGUUCAGCCAUAACAAAUACAAGCAACAAAUUAUUCAAAACAAGAUUCCUGAUGGUACCAGUACUACUGUCUACCGCUGUGGUCCUCUUAUUGACUUGUGUACUGGUCCUCACGUCCCCCAUACCGGCCGUGUCAAAUCUUUCUCUGUCAUGAAGAACUCUUCUUCUUACUUUUUGGGUGAUGCUAAAAAUGACUCUCUUCAACGUGUUUAUGGCGUUAGUUUCCCAGACAACAAGCAAAUGCAAGAGUAUAAAGCCUUUUUGCAAGAAGCUGCAAAGCGGGACCACCGUAAGAUCGGUCGUGAUCAAGAGCUUUUCUUUUUCAACGAGAUUUCUCCCGGAAGCUGCUUUUUCUUGCCUCAUGGUACUCGUAUUUACAAUACUUUACAAAAUUGGAUGCGUGAACAAUAUGCUCAACGCAAUUAUCAAGAAGUCAUUACUCCCAACAUGUUCAACGUUAACCUUUGGAAGACUUCUGGCCAUUGGAACAACUAUUCCGAAAACAUGUUCUCUUUUGAUGUUGAGAAGGAGAAGUUUGCUUUGAAACCUAUGAAUUGUCCUGGUCAUUGUGUAAUUUACAAGAACCGUGAUCGUAGUUAUCGUGACCUUCCUUGGCGUGUUGCUGACUUCGGUGUUUUGCAUAGAAACGAGUUCUCUGGUGCCCUUAGUGGUCUCACCCGUGUGCGUCGUUUCCAACAAGAUGAUGCUCAUAUCUUCUGUAGACCUGAUCAAGUCAAGAGUGAAAUCGAAGGAUGUUUUGACUUUUUGCAACAUGUUUACGGUACUUUCGGCUUUACUUUCCACUUGGAAUUGUCUACUAGACCAGAAGAGAAAUUCCUUGGUGAUGUUGCUACUUGGGACCGUGCCGAAGCUCAAUUAAAGGCUGCUUUAGAUUCUUCUGGCUAUCACUGGGAAUUGAAUGCUGGUGAUGGUGCUUUCUAUGGCCCCAAGAUUGAUAUCACUGUCUUUGAUGCCUUGAAGCGUCAACAUCAAUGUGCCACUAUUCAGCUCGAUUUCCAACUCCCUGAACAAUUCAAGCUUGAAUUCCAUGCUCCUGUAAAUGCGGAAGAAGCUAAGGAAUCUGGUAAUAACAACAGCUACGUUCGUCCCGUCAUGAUUCAUCGUGCUAUUCUUGGCAGUGUCGAGCGUAUGAUGGCUAUUCUUACCGAGCAUUUUGCUGGUAAGUGGCCAUUCUGGUUGUCUCCUCGUCAGGUUUGCAUCGUUCCAGUUUCUGCUUCUGCUUACGCCUAUGCCGAUAAAGUUAACCGUGCUUUAGUCGGCGCUGGUCUUUACUCCGACGUUGACUUGUCGGAUAACACUUUACCCAAGAAGGUUCGUACUGCACAACUUUCUCAAUACAACUUUAUUUUUGUUGUCGGUGCUGAAGAAGAAAAAUCUGAAAGUGUGAAUGUUCGUAACCGGGAUGAUCCUAAGAAGCAAAGCAAGGGUGAAGUCAUCCCAGUAAAAGAAAUCCUUGAGAAAUUGCUUAAGCUGAAAGAAUCCAAAUCUCGCGUAAAUGAGUUGUAAUCUAGCUUGUCGAACUAGAUCAACUUUAUUUUGGGAAUUAGGGUUAUUUACUAAAAAUGCAAUAUUCAUAUCUUCAGUGAAAACAAGUUCUGCAUUGAAUGCUUGGAUCUCUAUCAGAACAUUGUGUAAUGUAGAAAUAACUAGAUUAAGUAUACUAAGUAUUUUGAUUUACUAGAAAGUAGGAGCGUUAUCGUUGAAUGAUUCGAUCAAACCUUCAUUAAUAGUCAUUGGCGCUCUUCGGCAGCCAAAUAGUUAGAUAUUAAUUUUUCUUUCUUUUUUCAACUAAAACAAUUACAAUUUAUUU